CCUCAAUUGAGAAGAGGGAGUGGGGCGCAAAAGGGAACAGCGCGCGAGAGAGAAGCGCAGUGAGGAGGAGAACGAGAAGCGCGGGAUGUGGGCGCUCCUGGGCGCGCUGGUGUGGGGCGCCGUGGGCCUGGCAUGGUCCUGGCCUCUCGCGCAGCCCUCACCGCGCAACCUGAGCGCCUGGGCAGCGGCGGCGGCGCCGCUCUUUCCUCCUCCUCUUCCUCCUCCCGCGCAGCCCGAGGGGAGUCGCGUGGAGCGCCUGGGCCGGGCCUUCAAGCGGCAGGUGAGGCGGCUGCGGGAGGGCAGCGCGAGGCUGGAGCUAGUCUUCCUGGUGGACGAGUCCUCCAGCGUGGGGCAGGCCAACUUCCGCAGCGAGCUGCGCUUCGUCACCAAGCUGCUCUCGGACUUCCCGGUGGUGCCCACCGCCACGCGCGUGGCCAUCGUCACCUUCUCCUCCAAGAACCACGUGCUGUCCCGUGUGGACUACAUCUCCCCUCCCUCGCCCGGACGGACCCAGCCGCAGCAGCAACGCCAGCAGCAACACAAGUGUGCCCUGCUCGGACGGGAGAUCCCGGGCAUCGGGUACCGAGGGGGCGGCACCUACACCAAGGGCGCCUUCCAACAGGCCGCGCAAAUACUGCUUCAUUCUCGUGCUAAUGCUACCAAAGUCAUAUUUCUUAUUACGGAUGGUUAUUCCAAUGGAGGGGAUCCCAGACCCAUUGCAGCUUCCUUGCGUGAAUUUGGAGUGGAGAUCUUUACGUUUGGAAUAUGGCAAGGCAACAUCCGAGAGCUCAAUGACAUGGCUUCUCACCCAAAAGAGGAACACUGUUACUUGCUUCACAGUUUCACUGAAUUUGAAGCUUUAGCGCGCAGAGCCCUUCAUGAAGAUCUGCCUUCUGGUAGUUACAUUCAAGAAGAUAUAUCCCAUUGCUCUUAUCUUUGUGAUGGAAGUGAAAACUGCUGUGAUAUCAUGGCAAGCUGCAAAUGUGGUACCCACACUGGACAGUUCGAGUGCAUCUGUGAAAAAGGAUACUAUGGCAAAGGUUUACAGCAUGAAUGUUCAGCUUGCCCACCAGGGACCUACAAGCCUGAAGGUUCACCAGGUGGAAUAAGCACCUGCAUUGCUUGUCCUGAUGAGAAUCAUACCUCUCCACCUGGAAGUACUUCUGUUGAAGACUGCAUGUGCAAAGAAGGGUAUCACGCUAAAGGCCAGACUUGUGAAGUGGUCCAUUGCCCUCAGCUACAGCCUCCUGAAAAUGGCUAUUUUAUCCAGAAUGUCUGCAACAAUUAUUUCAAUGCUGCCUGUGGAAUCCGAUGUAAAACAGGAUUUGAUCUUGUGGGAAGUGGUAUACGACUUUGCCAGCCAAAUGGCCUAUGGUCUGGUUCAGAAACAACAUGCAGAGUUCGUACAUGCCCAAAACUUGUUGCCCCUCAAAAUGGGUGGAUUAAUUGCUCACGAACUGUGAUCUCGUAUAAGACUGUGUGCUUUGUGACCUGUAAUGACGGUUAUGAACUAGAAGGCAAUGUCAAACUCACCUGUCAAAACAACGCACAGUGGGAUGGGAAGGAACCAAAGUGUGUGGAACUGCACUGCCCUGCCUUCCAGAAACCAAAGCAUGUAACUGUUCACCCCCAUCUCUGUGGGUUUGAGCCAUCAAAGUCUGGAACUGUGUGCAGGUUCACUUGUCCCAAUGGUUUCCUUUUGUCUGGAGUUAGAGAAGAACUGCGGUGUUUAACCACUGGGAGAUGGAGUGAAAAUAUGCAGAAGGCUUUCUGUAAAGACAUUGAACCACCAAAUAUUAGCUGCCCUGAUGACAUUGAAGCUUCUACACUUGAAUACCAGAACUCUGCAAAUAUUAGUUGGGAGGUUCCAGAAGCAAAUGACAACUCCAGAGAUGAGGUGAAAAAGGUAUCAAUUCAAGUCACUCCAGCUUUUGUGCCACCUUACUUUUUCCCAAUUGGAGAAGUUGCCAUCACAUAUACAGCAACUGAUAGAUCUGGAAACCAGGCAAGCUGUACUUUCAGCAUCAAAGUUAUUGACACUGAACCUCCAGUGAUUGAUAAAUGCAGAUCACCACCUCCAGUUCAAGUAGCUGAAAAGGAAUGCAAAGUAACUUGGGAUGAGCCACAAUUUUCAGAUAACUCAGGAGCUGACUUAGCAAUAACUAAAAGUCACUCACCUGGAGAUAUCUUUCCCAAAGGAGAGACAGUUGUUUGGUAUACUGCCAUGGAUCCAUCAGGAAAUAACAGGACCUGUGAGCUCCAUGUUAUCAUCAGAGGCUCUCCUUGUGAAAUUCCUUUUACCCCAGUGAAUGGGGAUUUCAAAUGCACAGAAGAUGAGACAGGAGUUAAUUGCACAUUACAUUGCAUGGAUGGAUAUGACCUCACAGCAGGUUCCAGUGAAAACUAUUAUUGUGCCUACGCAGAUGGUAUAUGGAAUCCACCUUAUUCUACUGAGUGGCCUGACUGCUCUUUGAAUCGUUUGGCAAAUCAUGGUUUCAAAUCCUUUGAGAUGCUCUACAAAGCAACACGAUGUGAUGACAAUAACCUCCUUAAAAAUUUUGUGGAUGCUUUUCAGAGUGCUCUUGGUAAAAUGGUCCCAUCAUUUUGCAAUGAUGUUGAUGACAUUGACUGCAGGCUGGAGGAUUUCCCCAAGAAACAUUGCUUAGAGUAUAAUUAUGACUAUGAAAACGGCUUUGCAAUUGGUCCCGGUGGCUGGGGUACAGCAAACCGGCUAGAUUAUUCCUAUGAUGAUUUCCUUGAAGCAACCCCUGAAGAGGAACAAGCUAAGCCAAUAGCUGGUUCUAUGGAUGUGACACACUCAAGAGUCAAAAGGCACAAAAAGAUAAAUAUACCAAUGACAGACUACAAAAUAAAGCUAGUUUUUAAUAUCACUGCUAGUGUACCUUUGCCCGAUGAACGAAAUGAUACACUGGAAUCAGAGAACCAGCAACGUCUUCUAAAAACACUAGAGACUAUCACAAAAAGGCUGAAAAGGACUCUCAGUAAGGAUCCAAUGUAUUCUUUUCAGUUUUCUUCUGAACUGCUUGUAGCAGACACCAACUCACUUGAAGCUGAAAAAGCCUUCCUGUUUUGCAGGCCUGGGUCUGUUCUCAGGGGCCGAAUGUGCGUUAACUGCCCCUUGGGUACGUACUACUCCCUGGAACAUCAUGCAUGUGAAAGUUGUUGGAUUGGAUCUUACCAGGAUGAGGAAGGACAGCUAGAAUGUAAGAACUGCCCAUCAGCUAGCUACACCGAAUAUCUCCAUUCCAGAAGUGUUUCAGAAUGUAAAGCUCAGUGCAAACCUGGAACCUAUUCACCAAAUGGCCUUGAGAUUUGUGAAUCAUGUCCUUUUGGCAAAUAUCAGCCAGCAACUGGAUCGAAGCAAUGCAUUUCUUGCCCAGAAAAUAUGGCAACAGUCAAACGAGGAGCUGUGGAUGUAUCAGCAUGUGGAGUACCUUGUCCAGCUGGAGAAUUCUCUCGUUCAGGUUUAAUGCCUUGCCACCCUUGCCCCAGGGACUACUAUCAACCAGACCCAGGGAAGUCCUAUUGCCUGUCUUGUCCAUUUUAUGGGACUACCACAGUGAUUGGUGCUAGAUCUAUAACUGACUGCUCAAGUUUUGGCUCUACUUUCUCUGCAGCUGAGGAGAGUGUAGCCCAGCCAGUCGCUCCAGAAAAUAUCAGCAAAGAAUACAAAAUCAGCAGCCAGACAUUCCAUGAAUGUUUCCUUCAACCGUGUCAUAACAGUGGGACUUGCAAACAAGUUGGAAGUGGGUACAUCUGCAUAUGCCCCCCUGGAUAUGGAGGCUUAAAAUGUGAAAAGGACAUUGAUGAAUGCAGUUCAUCCCCCUGUCUCAACAAAGGGAUUUGCAAGGAUGGCACUGCAGCAUUCACUUGCCAGUGCCAGCCAGGCUACUCAGGCUUGCUAUGUGAAGAAGAUAUAAACGAAUGCAGUUCAAAUCCAUGCCUGAAUAAAGCAGUUUGUGUUGAUGAUAUCAAUUCUUACCAGUGCUUGUGUACAGAAGGAUUCAUGGGUACUAAUUGUGAAACACAAAUAAAUGAAUGCCUUUCAAACCCUUGUUUAAACAAAGCUACCUGUGAAGAUCAGAUUGGAAGUUUCCUCUGCAGGUGCCCUCCUGGGUUUAUUGGCGUUCUGUGUGAGAAAAACAUUAAUGAAUGUCUCAGCAGACCUUGUAAAAAUGGAGCUACAUGCAAAGAUGGUAUCAACGGCUACAGAUGUCAUUGUGUCACAGGAUACAGAGGGUCACAGUGUGAAGUGAACAUCAAUGAGUGUGAAUCCAAUCCCUGUAUGAACCAAGCAACCUGUGUGGAUGCCUUGAACUCAUACAUUUGUAAAUGUCCCCCUGGCUUUACAGGCAGCAGGUGUGAAACAGAACAGUCUUCUAGAUUUAAUCUGGAUUUUGAAGUCUCUGGAAUAUAUGGCUAUGUAAUGCUUGACAGCGUCCUCCCUUCGUUAACUGAGAUUACAUGUGCAUUCUGGAUGAAAUCCUCUGACACUACUAAUUAUGGGACUCCAGUUUCUUAUGCUGUGGAAAACGGAAGCGACAAUGCAUUUCUUCUUACAGAUUACAAUGGGUGGGUUCUUUAUGUGAAUGGGAAGGAGAGUAUUACUGAUUGCCCUUCAGUGAAUGAUGGCAAGUGGCAUCAUAUUGCUGUCACAUGGACAAGCCUUGAUGGAGCCUGGAGAGUGUAUAUUGAUGGAAAGAUAUCUGAUGGAGGCAGUGGCUUAUCUGUAGGAUCGGAAAUCCCUGGUGGAGGUGCACUAGUGCUUGGACAAGAGCAAGACCGAAGAGGAGAAGGCUUCAAUCCAGCAGAGUCUUUUGUUGGUUCAAUCAGCCAACUUAAUAUUUGGGGUUAUGUUCUGUCCCCUGAUCAGGUGAAGUUACUGGCUACUUCAUGUCCAGAGGAACUCCAAAAAGGCAAUGUAUUGGCCUGGCCAGAUUUUCUUCCCGGAGUUGUUGGAAGAGUGAAGAUUGAUUCUAAGAGCAUCUUCUGUGCUGAUUGCCAACCCUUACAAGGCUCCAUACCUCACCUAAGAACUUCAUCAACCGAUCUAAAGCCAGGGUCAAAAAUCACCCUUUCUUGUGAUCCAGGCUUCCACAUAAUGGGGAAUUCUGUCCUGCACUGUCUAAACCUAGGACAGUGGGCACAACCUCUUCCACGCUGUGAAAGGAUUAGCUGUGGAGUGCCUCCACCAUUAGAAAAUGGCUUUCAUUCUGCUGAGGAUUACUUUGCAGGAAGCACUGUUACUUAUCAGUGCAACAGCGGUUAUUAUUUGCUGGGAGAUUCCAAGAUGCUUUGUGCAGACAACGGAAGCUGGAAUUUUAUUUCUCCAGCUUGCCUUGAUGUUGAUGAAUGUGCAGUUGGCUCGGAUUGCGACCCACAUGCCUCCUGCCUGAACACAAAUGGUUCCUAUAUAUGUACCUGCAUUUAUCCUUAUAAAGGAGAUGGCAAGAAGUGUACAGAACCAGUAAAAUGCAAACAUCCAGGACAUCCUGAGCAUGGCCACUCACAUGGUGCCAGUUCCAGUGUUGGUAGUGAAAUCAGUUUCUCAUGUGACAUGGGCUACCAGCUGAAAGGAGUGACUACAGUUACAUGUUUGGAGUCUGGAGAAUGGAGUCAGCUGAUACCAUACUGUGAAGCUAUUUCCUGUGGAAUGCCAGCUGUUCCUGAAAAUGGUGUGAUUGAAGGCUCCAAUUUUACAUAUGGUAACAAAGUUAUCUAUAGGUGUGAUAAAGGAUACAUUUUGAAGGGAGAAGAAAAAGCAGUGUGUCUUCCAAAUGGCAAAUGGAAUCAUUCUUCUCCAGUUUGUGAAUUAGUAAAAUGUCCCCAUCCAAUGAAAAUAAACAAUGGAAAAUAUGUCAUGAGUGACACAACAUACCUUUCAAAUGUAUCAUACACCUGUGACACAGGAUACAGUUUGCAAGGAGCCUCUAUGCUUGUGUGUGAAGAUACAGCUAACUGGAGCAGUUUACCUCCAGAAUGUAAAAUUGUUUCUUGUGAUCUCCCUCCUGUUAUUAAAGAUGCCAUUGUAACUGGGAACAACUUUACCUUUGGAAACAGCAUCACUUAUAUGUGUAAGGAAGGCUAUACAUUAAUUGGUCCAGAGACUGUUGAAUGUAUGGCAAAUGGCCAAUGGGACUUUAAUCACCAACAGUGUGUGGCUGUUUCGUGCGAUGAACCACCACCGGUGGAACAUGCUUCUCCAGAGAGUGGUCACCGACUGUUUGGUGACGAAGCUAUCUACUACUGCUCUGAUGGAUACAGCUUAGCUGGCAAUGCCCAGUUACUUUGUAAUGCCCAGGGGAACUGGGUUCCUCCUGCUGGCAAAGAUGUUCCUGAGUGUAUAGCUGACUUCUGUGAGAGACCACUCUCUGUGUCAUACAGCAUCUUGGAAUCCUCGAACAAGGCGAAGUUUGCUGCUGGGUCAGUCGUAAGCUUCAAGUGCAUGGAAGGCUUUGUAUUGAACACUUCUGCUAAGAUUGAGUGUGUUCGAGGAGGGCAGUGGACUCCAUCCCCACUGACUAUCCAGUGCAUUCCUGUUCGCUGUGGAGACCCCCCAAGCAUAAGAAAUGGUUAUGCAAUAGGCUCAAAUUAUAGUUUUGGUGCAAUCGUGGCUUACAGCUGCACUAGGGGAUACUAUAUUAAAGGAGAGAAGAAGAGGACAUGUGAAGCGACAGGAACUUGGAGUGGCACAGUACCUACUUGUCAUCCAGUGUCCUGCGGAGAGCCAAUAAAACUUCCAAAUGGACUUAUUGAGAACAUAACGGGGCAUUCCUUUGGAAGUGAAGUGAGAUAUCAGUGCAAUCCUGGUUACCAGCUGAUUGGGAGUCCACUCUUAUUUUGCCAAGCCAACCGCCAAUGGCAUAGUGAAGUGCCUCCUUCCUGUGUGCUCCUCACUUGUGGGGAGCCACCUCCUCUCGAGCAUGGAUUCAGAAAGGGAAAAAGUUUUGAGGUGGGAGUUAAGGUCACUUUUGUUUGUGAUGAAGGCUAUGAGCUCAUAGGAGAUGCCUCUUGGGUCUGCCAGAAGACGGGGACAUGGAACAAAAAGCAAAAUCCCAAAUGUGUCCCAACAAAAUGUCCAGAACCACCAUUAAUUGAAAAUCAGCUUGUCCUGAAAGAAAUGGCUGAUCAAGUGGGUGUGGUGCAGUUUUCGUGCAAAGAGGGUUUCAUUUUGCAUGGUGCCUCUAUUCUGAAAUGCCUAUCAUCACAGCAGUGGAAUGAUUCCUUCCCAUCCUGCCAGAUGGUACUGUGCCAUAGGCCUCCUUAUAUUCCUUUUGGAGAUUCUGUGGUAUCUACUCUUCAUUUUGGCAGCACAGUGACAUACACCUGCAUGGAUGGAUUUUUGCUGAAAGGAGUUUCUACCAUCAAUUGCCAAGAAGAUGGUACAUGGAGCUUCCCAUUGCCAGAGUGCAUUCCAGUGGAGUGUCCACAGCCAGAAGAAAUUCAGAAUGGCAUUGUAGAUGUGCAAGGCCUUACUUAUCUCAGCACUGCACUAUACAACUGUAAACCAGGCUUUGAACUAAUGGGAAACAUGACAGUUCUUUGUGGAGAGGAUGGCCACUGGCUUGGGGGAAAGCCCACUUGCAAACCUAUUGAGUGCUCCAAACCCAAGGAAAUACAGAAUGGCCGAUAUUCAUAUAUUGACUUGCACUACAGGCAGACAGUUACCUAUUCAUGUGACAGAGGAUUCCAGCUAGAAGGACAGAGUGUUCUGAGUUGCUUAGAAUCAAGGGAAUGGGAUAGUGAAGUUCCUUCUUGUAGAGCUAUCACUUGUGAUCCUCCACAGCCUAUUGAGAAUGGCUUUGUGGAAGGGGCAGAUUACAGCUAUGGUGCAAUGGUGAUAUACAGCUGUAUUCCAGGAUUCCAGCUCUCUGGUCUUGCCAUGCAGACCUGUGAGGAAUUAGGGUGGUCUAGUGUUAGUCCAGUUUGCCUUCCAACAGACUGUGGACUUCCGCCACAUAUAGAUUUUGGGGGGUAUAUAACAAUUAGCAGUGAAGAAAAACCUUAUGGUCAGGAAGGAAUAUUGCAAGAGGGAUUCCAUACUGCCAGGCCACCUAUUUUCUCUCUAAUUCUUGAGAAUCAAAAAGACAUGCAAAGUUCUCCGAGGGCCAUUAAUACAUUGCCACUCUCAGGCUAUUUAUAUGGGACUACAAUAAUUUAUAGUUGCUUCCUUGGCUAUGAACUUUUAGGAAAUUAUGUGCUGUCUUGCCAAGAGGAUGGCAUGUGGAAUGGUAGUGCUCCAGUCUGCAUUUCCAUUCAGUGUGAAUUACUGUUGCCUCCACAAAAUGGCUUUGUACAUUUUACAGAAAACACCCUUGGUAGUACAGUGAAAUAUACUUGUAAACCAGGGUACAAGCUAAUUGGCUCAGAAACACGAGUUUGUACAUCUAGCAGGCAAUGGAGUGAUGCAGCACCAACCUGUGAGAUAGUAUCAUGCACAGUGCCAAGCAAACCCAUGAAUGGCAUAGUAAAAGGGGAGGCUUACACUUAUGGGAGUGUAAUCCAAUACGGUUGUAAUCCUGGAUUUCAGUUAAAUGGUUCAGAGAAGAGAACAUGCCUGGCAGACCAAAAAUGGGAUGGAAAUGAACCCAUCUGCAUUCCCAUUUCCUGUGGACAAGCCCCCAAUUUAGAGAAUGGCCAAGUGACUGGAGAUGAAUAUACAUUCCAAAAAUAUGUUGAAUACAGCUGUGGGGAAGGUUUCCUGCUGGAAGGUGACCAAAAGAGAGUCUGCCUUGCAGAUGGAAGUUGGAGUGGGCACCCUCCAGUGUGUAGAGCAAUACAGUGCCCUGCGCCACUGAAACUUCUUCAUGGGGAAAUUAGUGGAUCAGAAUUUGGCUUUGGGAAGAGUAUUGUAUAUCGAUGUGAUGAAGGUUAUGUGAUCCAAGGUGCAUCCUCACUUACCUGUCAGGCAAAUGGUUUCUGGGAUAAAGAGGUUCCGUUCUGUGAGCCCGUCAACUGUGGGCCUCCUGAGGACAUUGCUCAUGGUUUCCUGAAUGGUUCAGUCUUCAGUUAUGGGAAAUAUAUAGAGUAUGUCUGCUUUCCUGGCUAUGAAUUACAUGGAAGUCCAGUGAGGCGAUGUAUGUCUAAUGGCUUAUGGAGUGGAAAACCCUCCUCAUGCCUGCCUUGUGAAUGUCCUGUGCCAACCAUUCAGAAUGGAGUAAUUAAAGGUAACAGUUUUGGCUGUGGCAAGAAAGUUGGGUUUGAGUGUCUAGAAGGUUACAAACUGCUGGGGCCUUCAGAAAUCACCUGUGAAGCUGCAGGCAGAUGGAGCUCUGGCUUCCCGUACUGUGGACUGAUCUCAUGUGGGCCUCCACCAACAAUCCCCAAUGCCUUUAUCAACGGGAGCAACUCUGUAGAUCAGAAUGGCAUACUUUAUAAUUGCGAAAUGGGCUUUGUGAUGCAAGGGAGUUCAGAACUUACUUGUACAGAAAAUGGAGUCUGGAGUAAGCCAUAUCCAAGCUGUAUAUUACUGACCUGUGGUCCACCUCCUUCUGUACCUCAUGCUGUUGCUUUGGGAGACUCACAAGCCUAUGGGAGCAAAGUCCAGUACAGAUGUCUGGAAGGUUAUGUGAUGGAGACAGAAAUGGAUACAUGCACCUGUCAGGAAGAUGGACAUUGGUCCCUUGAUAUGAUUUCUUGUUGCCCCCAAAAAUGCCCCCUGCCAGAAAAUAUAAACAAUAUAAUUAUCUCUGGAGCUGAAUUCACUGUGAACAAGAGCAUUACCUUAUCAUGCCCAGAAGGCUAUCUUUUAAUUGGUGCAAGAAACUCAACAUGCCAGAAUGAUGGCAACUGGAUGCCAUUGUUUUCAAGUGAUAUCUGUGCACCUGUGUCCUGUGGACUACCUGAAUUUCCAGACCAUGGGAUUGUAGUUGGCAACAAAUACAACUACAAAGACACCAUUCUUUAUAAAUGCAGCUCUGGUUAUGAAUUAGAUGGUGAUGCAGAACGUACCUGUCAAGCAGAUAAGCUAUGGAGUGGAGCAACACCGAUGUGCAAAAAAAUAUCAUGUGGGGCCCCUGAGCCCAUAGAUAAUGGAUCUAUUAUUGGCAAAGAUUUCUUAUUUGGAGAUGAAGUUCUUUACAGUUGUGAUCAAGGAUUUGAACUACAGGGGCCAACUCGAAGGAUCUGCCAUGUUAACAAGAAGUGGAGCCCCUCAGCCCCUACGUGUGUGAGCAUAAGAUGUGAAUUACCACCAACUGUAGAAAAUGCCUACUCGGUCUUCUUAGAAAACACAUAUAGAAGCAACAUUUCCUUUGUAUGUAAUUUUGGAUACCAUCUCCUUGGACCUGAAAACAUCACCUGCUUAGCCAAUGGAUCCUGGAGCAAGCCCUUUCCAUCCUGUGAAGAAACCAGAUGUGAAGAUCCAGAAUUCAUUGAGAAUGGGAAUGCCCUCUAUGAAAACAAUACUGUGGGCAGCAGGGCUGCAUAUUACUGCAACAGAGGUUACACCUUGGAAGGAGAACCUAUUGCAGAGUGCACAGAAGCUGGAACAUGGAGCCAUCCAAUACCUCUAUGCAAACCAAAUCCAUGCCCUGUGCCUUUUAUAAUCCCAGAAAAUGCCCUCCUGUCAGAGACAACUUUUUAUGUCGGGCAGAAAGUAUUUAUCAAGUGCAGAGAAGGAUAUCAGCUUCGGGGACCAUCUGUCAUUACCUGUAAUCCUGAUGAGGCUUGGACUCCAACCAGAGCUAAAUGUGAAAAGAUAUCUUGCGGGCCACCUGCUCAUGUAGAAAACGCUUUGAUCCGUGGAACAUUUUUUCAGUAUGGAGAUAUGGUGACAUUCUCAUGUUACAGUGGGUUCAUGCUAGAGGGCUCCCUUCGAAGUGUUUGUUUAGAAAACGGGACUUGGAGUACUCCACCAGCUUGCAAAGCUAUUUGUCGGUUCCCGUGUCAAAAUGGUGGCGUAUGUGAACGACCAAAUGUGUGCUCCUGCCCUGAUGGAUGGAUGGGACGUCUCUGUGAAGAGCCAAUCUGCAUCCUACAUUGUCUUAAUGGAGGUCGCUGUGUGGCUCCUUAUCAGUGUGAUUGCCCAAUUGGGUGGACUGGAUCACGCUGCCACCAAGCUGUCUGUCAGUCGCCAUGCUUAAAUGGUGGAAAAUGUGUUCGACCCAAUCGAUGCCAUUGCACUUCACCAUGGACUGGGCACGACUGUUCAAGGAAAAGGAAAACUGGAUUCCACCACUUUUAACUUCAGAGCAACUACUAUGAACAUUCUUAUUCUGAUCCAGCAGGCCUUGGUACUUCAGGCCCUGUAAGGUCAAAUCGGGGGAGGGUUUGUUAAACUAUCUGAGGUUUUUAAAAUGUUUUUAAUUAUUUUGUAUUAUAUUUUCUUAUAUUUUUAUUUUGAAAGGAGCCAUUUUUUCACAUGUAGAAUUAUAGCAUUUAUACUGCUGUCAAUACACAAAGGUACAAAUAAUGCCCACAGAAAGAAUUUGCAGUUUUCUGUUGCUAUUGUUGCAAAUCCCUGAGCAUUUGUUGGCUUUAUCACCAUUCAGAUAAGAAACUUUAGGACCAAACUUGAUUUGAGGGUGGCAAAUGAAUAUCUCUUUUAUUAUUAUUUUUCAUCCACAUUCAUGUUGCAAGUAUGUAAAAGGAAAGCAUGAGAUAGCCAUGCUGGAUCCUUUUCCUUCCCAGAUAUUACCUUUUUACAGUCAGUGACUUGAGCCUCUUUUUUCAAUUCCCCUUUCAAAUACUGGAACAAAAUUGAUUGUUUGAAUCAGUGGAGAAUUGACAAAGGUCUGGGGGAAUAAGGUGUUCAUACUCUUUUCCCACAUGCUUUUAAAAAUUGCUCUAGAAAAUGCUCCCACCCAAAUUUUAUAUGUAAAUAGACAGACAUAGAAGUGAUAACCCUACUAAAUCUGGUUUUGUCCUUAAUUGCCUUUUGCAAAUUUGUUAUAUAUCAUGAGUUGUGGAGGAUGAAAUAUUUAGUUAUAGGAGUCUGAUGGAAAAUUUUAAUAAAUUGGUCUUGAAAUCUGUUUUAUGUAUGAUGAAAGGUUUGCAGACACUUCGUGGGAUUUAUUGUUUCUUUAAAGAUAAACAGCUGGUCCACAAACACCCAUAUCAUUACAAACCACCUCCAACUUACCUCGAUUUUCAAGGUUUUUCACAUAGCUUGAACCGCCAGUGCUUGAAAGACAGAAUCCAGAGUCCUGUUGAAUUAUUUGAUUCUUUAAGAACUGCGACUAAUAGUAAUCAGUAAUGGACCUAAUCUAGCCUUUUCUUUAAGUAUGUUGUGGGAUGCACAUAUGCAUGGGAUUUAAUGAUUUGACAACCUGGGACCCUCAUACACAGAUCAGCUCACUUUGUGUAACACAAAUGUGGGGAGUAAAGGGUCACCCAAGUACCUUUCGUAUUCUGUUUUGUUUUAAUUCAGACCUUUUUUUUAUAGGACUGACAUACAUUGAAUUCUUUUUUUUUCUAUAGAUCUAUUGCUCACAUAUUUAACACACAUAUGUUGAUUUGGUGUUUUGCUGUCAUUUAUUUCAAGAUGAAAUAAGUUAAUCAAGUGGAAAUUGGGAGCUUUGUUUAACUAUUAUUGGUACACUUUAUUUAUACAGUACAUUUCUUACCCACUAUCCUAGCAAAAGAAACAUGAUCAUAUUUCUGUUCAAAGCUGGUCACUAGUAGCCAGUUGUCUUAGAUUAAAAAGUUUCAUUUCUCCUAAGUGCUACAGCAUAUUUAUUUCUGAAAAGAGUUUCAUCGUUAUGUCCCAUUUCAGACUAAGUGAUUCCAAAUAAGACAACUGAGUUGUAGUUCAGUUUCGUAAUAGAUAUUAUCAGAAUGCACAACCAGGAUUAUUUAGUCAUUGAAAAUGGGCCAGGACCAAACAAAAUGGAAAACAAUGUUGUUUGGUACUUGUAGCCAGGAAAAAAAUAGUUCCUGGGGAACAUACUUCAUGCUUGCAACAUUUUCUUUGUCACAAUUACACUUCCAUACCAGAUAUUUUCUCUAGAACAGAGACCCUUUCCUUCCUGAGUUAUGCUAAAGAAACUAGACCACCCCAGUGCUUUUUUACCCUCCCUGAUUGUUUUAUUUUGUGGUUCAGACAGGAUUGUGGCUUGCUUCAUGAAUGCGUAGGUAGAUACAACAUGGCCUUCUUGGUUUCUACAGUAAAGUGCUCUACUGUGACCCAUAUGAUAAUGCAACUGAGAAAGUGUCUUCCUGCACACUUCCUUGUUUCAUGUUACAUUGCCUGCAACAUUAGCUUUUAUACAACAGAGUUCCUCCCAUCAUUAGCAUUUGCUAUUAAGACUCAUAGCAACAUAAUAACACAAUGUAAAUACAGAGACACACACACACAAAUAUUUGAGAAGCAGGCUUUUGCAACUACACCUGGUUUUUCUUAUUUUGGCAAAACUGGAUGGAAAUAGUGGCUUCAUACAUUAUGAGUUUAUAGGCAGUUUGUAGAAGCUGUGAUGCAAUUGUGUAGGAUGCAUAUUUAAAAUUUUCAGAUCAUGAAUCUGCCCUAUACAUUUCUCUCUCCUUUUUAAAUUGUGCAGAGUUACAUGGUGUCCUGUUUGCCAAUGUCUUUACAUACUCUGAAAAAUAAUAAAAAUAGUAUAAAAUUUGAGCAUUCCUUAUCUGGAAUUCCAAAAUCUAAAUGUGUUCACAUAGGUGUCUAAGAUAGUGGCACAUUUGUUUUCUGAUGAAUCAGUGUGCCCAGUGUGCACAAAAUUAUCAAAAUAUUGCAGACACUUCAUGGGGUUUAUAGUUUCUUUAAAAACAAGCAGCAGAAAAUGACUUUCAGGCUAUAUAUUGAGGGUAUAUAGAAAAUAUAAAUAAAUUUUGUGUUUAGACAUGGGCCCCAUUUGCAAAAUAUCUCAUUAUGUAUGUACAGGCAGUCCACGAGUUACAAACAUCCGACUUAACAAAUGACUCAUAGUUAAAAUCUGAGGCGGGACAACAGAAAUCUAUCCCUCAGAAGGGAAAUUGACUCUUGAAAGAGUUAUCAUGGGGGAAAGGUCUCUACACUGAAGCUUAAUCACCAAUCUUUGUUUCCACAACAAGCCAAUUUUUUCAAAAUCCAAUUAUCACGGGGAGAGAAAGUGAGGGGAAAUCUUCUCAACAGGGACACAGACAGAAAAACAAAUACCACAGAGGUGUUAACCCUUCCCUAUGUUAUGCAAAGCUUAUAACUAGAGUUAUACUUUAAAAUAACCUGUUCUGACUUACAUACAAAUUCAACUUAAGAACAAACCACAGAACCUAUCUUGUUCAUAACUUAAGGACUGCCUGUAUAUGCAAAUACAUAUAUUCCAAAAAAUUUUAAAAAAUCCAAAAUCCAAAGCACUUCUGUCCCAAGCAUUUCAAAUUAGGGAUAUUCAACCUGUACUUAUUCUCACUUGUAUUUCCCACACAUUUAUACAUAUGUAGAGUGGCAGCAAGUGAGCAUGGGAAAAUAAUUUCAUGCUGAACAACCAAUACAUCCUGAUGACUUAGGAAGAUCACUAAUUAGUUUGGAAGCUCUCCAUGUCUGAUUAUUGCCAGAAAUCGCCCAUACUAAAAGGAGGUUGAUAACAAUAGUUCAUAAAAUCAUCUCAUUUUAUCCAUGAGCUUUUUUGUACACAUAUAAGUUUCACUUCUCUCAUGCAUACAGGCAUACAUUAAUAAUUUGUAUAAGGUCUUAUGAGAGGUGGGGGUUCACAUAUUUAGAAGAAAUAAAGUUUUAAAAAGCCCUCAUUUUUAAUAAAUUAAAAUGAGAGGACAUAGUUAUCAUUCUCCAAAACAAAAUAAAGAACUUGUUCAUUAUUUUUACAAUAUUUAGUAAACAAUCCACAUGUUAAGUUCUUACAUUGACUUGCAUCAAAAUUUCUUCCAGCUUUGUUUUUUUUCCUGUUGUUUAAAGUAGUAUAAAUAGUUCCAUAAUGCAAUGCAAUGUGCCACUUAAUUCACAUUGAGCUGGAAGAUUGAUUAAAAAAACAUUGCCAAGUGUUAACACAUAUACUCCCAAACUAAAGUGGUAUGUCCAGGCCAGUUCUAGCCAGCAUGAUUACUCAGAAGUAAGUCCCACUGAGUUCAGUGAGUCUUGCUCCUUAACUGUGUGUGUGAUUUCAGUUUCAUGAGUUGUUUAUAAAAUAAAAAAUUAAAAUUGUGCUAUUGUUGUUUUUCAUAAUAGUUUCUCAAAUUCCCCUACUUCCACUAUGAUCAAGCAUCCAAGAGGAUUUUUUAAAAGCACUCUAUACUGAAAUUUUAUACACAUUCCAAUUUGCAUGGGUUCAAAAGCUGCCUCAGAAAGAACCUUCAAGAGAGAGCACUGCUGGCACAGUGUGUGAUACCCAGUGGUAAAAGGCUGGAUGGUAAAAUUAGAUGGCUGUUUGCAGUAUUACAAUCCCCAAAGGAAGCAUCAUCCCUUCUUUUAAAACCAACUUUUAUAUUCAAGUAAUGUAUUGUUAUUUUGUCACUGCUUGCCAUGUGUUUCAACAACUUUUGUGUGAUGCACUUUACAUUGUAAAUAAAGUUGCACCCCAUUUAAUACCCAUAA